ACGGACCCUCCGUCGCCACCAUACGGUGAGCAUAAGCCCCAACAAAAGGUCCCCUUUCCUGGAUACGUAUAAGUAUACAUAGACUUCUCAUAUAUCUUUCUGUCAUUGUCUUGUCUAUCUAAAGCCCAGUUUUUUUGACUUCAUUUUUGUAAUCCCUCUCCCUCUUUGGAACUGGAAGAAAGAAAUAGGAGAGAGAGAGAGAGAGAGAGAGAGAGAGAGAGAGACAUUUCGAGAAAAUAGAACCUGUGAGUUUGAAGAAUCAAAGCGUCAUUGCUUGUAGCUAUUGAGGUAUGGUACCCCAGAAAGUUUGUUUCUUUUAUUUCAAGGCAACAUAUAAUUAUCAAGUGUGUAUUCCUCUAUAAUUCUUAGAAUCCUGAAUUUUUCUAAACCCAAUAGCUCUUUAGUGUAAGGGUUAUGUAUGAAUGUGAAGCCAAUUUUAUUAUAAGUUCAAUGAAGGUAUGGUGAAUCGGUGUAGCAAGGUGGUUCUGGUCUGUGUUGUGUCGUUUUUCUUGCUAAUUGAUUGUACAGUAGAGCAGCAAUUCUUGGUGUCAAGGCAAGAAAGAUUGGCACUGCUUCAAUUGAGAUCUUCAUUAGGGUUGAGGGCAAAAGAGUGGCCUUUAAAAUCCGACCCAUGUACUGCCUGGGCGGGUAUAAAAUGUACAAAUGGGCGGGUUACAGGGAUCAACGUUUCCGGGUUCAGGAGGACUCGAAAGGGAAGUCAAAACCCCCAGUUCUUGGUUGAUGCCUUACAGAGUUUCACCUUUUUGUCCUCAUUCAAUGCCUCGAAUUUGGCACUUCCGGGUUCUAUCCCUGAGUGGUUUGGCCUUCGACUUGGCUCACUGCAAGUGCUUGAUCUCAGGUCUUGUUCAAUCGUUGGUACUAUUCCAUUUAGUCUUGGCAAUUUGAGUAGCUUAGCUGAACUUCAUUUAUCUGAUAAUAAUCUUACUGGAAUAGUUCCUACAAGUUUAGGUCAGUUGUUGCUCCUUUCUGUACUUGAUCUUUCGCAGAAUUCCCUCACAGGAUUGAUUCCGAGGACAUUUUCAGCCCUUGGGAACCUUACGUUUCUUGAUAUGUCUUUGAAUUUCUUCUCCGGGGCAAUUCCUCUGGAAAUUGGCACUUUGUCUAGGCUGCAGUACUUGAAUCUUUCAGGCAACAGUUUGUCCUCUUCUAUACCCGCCCAACUCAGUGACCUUUCCAAUCUGGUUGACCUUGAUCUCAGUAUUAAUUCAUUAUUGGGAUCCAUUCCCCCUGGUCUGAGAGGGCUGAAAAACUUGCAGAAAUUGAUAAUUGGGAAUAAUUUCCUAUCUGGAACAUUGCCUGGCGAUUUGUUCCCCCUUUUGACUCAGUUGCAGCACCUGGUUCUGAGUCAUAAUAGCUUCACUGGUGACUUUCCAGUUGUGCUGUGGUCAAUGCCCCAAUUGCGGUUUCUAGAUGCCUCGAGAAAUAACUUUACUGAUACACUGCCCGAUCUAAGCUUGAAUGCUAAUGCCAGUGUUGCAGUAUUUAACAUUUCACAGAAUUUCUUUUAUGGGAAUCUUACAUCUGUAAUAGGGAGACUCAGGUUUAUUGACGUGUCUGGGAAUUAUCUCCAAGGUAGGGUUCCAGAUUAUGCCAGUGGAAACACGCCUUUAAGUAGGAACUGUCUCCGGAAUGUCGCAAGUCAAAGGAGUGCCAGUGAAUGCGCAUCAUUCUAUGCCGAGAGGGGCCUGGUGUUUGAUAAUUUUGGAAUGCCAAAUGGCACUCAGCCUCUUGCACCUAAAUCUGACAAGACCCACCGAGAAGUAAUAAUUUUGGCAUCUGUUUUGGGGGCUGCUGGGCUCAUUGCACUUUUGGCAAUUGUGUUUGUACUGCUGAUUUUAUGCAAGCGCAAAACUGGUGCAACAAACCAGAGGAGCAUUGGCGUGGGGCCUGUUCCUGCAAAUGGAAGUUCUCCUUUUGGAGCAUCGCUAAAUUUUUCUAGUCUAGGAGACGCAUUUACCUAUAAGCAAAUUCUUGAAGCCACGGGUGAAUACAGUGAUCUAAAUCUGAUCAAGAAUGGCCAUUCCGGUGACUUCUUCCGCGGUAUCCUUGAGAAUGCAAACCCUAUAGUCAUAAAAAAAUUCGAUUUGCGUUCAUCAGUGAAAAAGGAAGCAUAUAUGUUAGAAUUGGACCUGUUUAGCAAGGUUUCUCAUCAAAGAUUGGUACCUCUAUUGGGACACUGCUUGGAGAAUGAGAAUGAGAAGUUUCUCAUAUACAAAUACAUGCCAAAUGGAGACCUAUCCAGUUCAUUGUUCAAGAAAACAAAUUCAGAUGAUGGCAGUUUACAGUCACUGGAUUGGAUAACAAGAUUGAAAAUUGCAAUUGGAGCUGCAGAAGGUUUAUCUUACCUACACCAUGAAUGUAAUCCGCCAUUUGUUCAUAGGGACAUUCAAGCCAGCAGCAUACUUCUUGAUGAUAAAUUUGAAGUGCGGUUAGGAAGCUUGAGCGAAGUUUGUGUUCAAGAGAGGGACACUAAUCAAAAUAGUAUCACAAGGUUGCUGCGGUUGCCACCGUCAUCAGACCAAGGAACUUCAGGUAUGAAAAAUGCAACGUGUGCCUAUGAUGUUUACUGCUUCGGGAAGGUUUUGCUGGAGCUCGUAACAGGCAAGUUGGGUAUCAGUUCAUCAAAUGAUACCACGACGAAGGAGUGGUUAGAAGCGACAUUACCUUACAUCAGUAUAUAUGAUAAGGAACUUGUGACAAACAUUGUCGACCCCUCAUUAAUCAUAGACGAGGAUCUGCUGGAGGAAGUGUGGGCCAUGGCAAUUGUUGCGAGAUCUUGCCUCAAUCCAAAGCCCACGAGACGGCCUCUAAUGAGAUAUAUUCUUAAAGCUUUGGAAAACCCUUUGAAAGUUGUAAGAGACGAGCAGAUGAGCUCAGCAAGGCUUAGAACUACUUCCUCGAGAGGGUCAUGGAAUGCUGCCCUAUUUGGCAGCUGGCGUCAAAGCUCCUCAGAUGUGGCGGCCAUGCCUACUGCCCCUUCUCGAAAAGCAGAACAUGCUAACAGUUUCAAACAUUCGGGUUCUGACGAAAGCGGGCAAAACGAUGGACAUGGUCAUUCGUUCUCAACCAAAAGACACUCCAAUGAGAUCUUUCCCGAACCGUUGAACUUGCAAGAUGUAGAGCGAGAAAAUGACUAAAUGGAAGAUUAUUGUACUUCAUUCUUUAUCAAUAAUAUAGCAGUCUCCACAUUUGGAUGUAUUGCUUGUUAACUCUUUACCUGUACAUUUCAUCCAUUUUCAGGGGGUAGCUGAAAAGUGGAAAAUUCAAAUUGUUUGCAGGUUUUAGACUCCCUUUUAUGGGGAGGGAGACAAAACUAGGGUUUGGUAGUGGUUGUCUUUUGUUCUUCAUCUGUUUGAAGGCUUGUUUUCAGUUAAAACAAGCUACAAUUUUCUGUAAUUCAUAUUUUCCAUUGGCGCUCCUUUGAAUUAUAAAUUAUAAUAUUGUGUAA